AUGCUUAGGUACAAGACCAAGGAGAUCACUGCCAAAAAUGGAAAGGAUUUCAUCGCAGACGAGGGUAUUUUAGAAUUUGCAGAGGACGAGGACCAGAAAAUCUUGUGCAUCAAGAUUCUGGAUGACGACGAGCAUGAGCCUGACACGUAUUUUGACGUGGAGCUCUCCGAACCAAAGACGACCUCAAGCAACGCAGUGGCUGUCCUCGGCAAGUCCAAGACAGCUCACGUGAGGAUCGUUGAUGAUGAUGCUGUCGGUGUGCUGGCGUUUAGGUUUCCAGAAAUGAAGGUCCCAGAAGACUUUUCUGGGGAGAAGGAAAUUUCUAUCAUGGUUCUGCGACAAGCAGGUGCAAAAGGGCUCAUCACAUGCCAGUACAGAACCGAAGAUGGAACGGGAAUCUCUGGAAUCGAUUACGAAGAAGCAACUGGGACGCUGGAAUUUCCAGACCAAGAGACUGAAGCAGAAGUCAAGAUCACCAUCAAGCCAAAAGGUCGCUUUGAUAGCACUUCCAUCUUCAGGUUGUACAUUGAAGAACCGACUGGGGGUGCUACCUUUGCGGCUCAUACAGAUGGUGGUGAGGAGUGCUGCAUCUGCACCAUUAUAGUUGGUACAGAUCAAGACACCAAGAGACGAGCGGACAAGUUGAUGCAGGCCUUCAAGGUCAACUGGGACGUGCAGAUUAUGGCCAGGGACAACUGGAAGGAUCAAUUCAUAGAUGCUGUUUUCCUUGACACCGGAGAAGCAACAGGUUGCGCAGUGGCCGUAGCCUGGUUCUUCCACCUCGUCACGAUGCCCUGGAAGGUUAUUUUUGCUCUGAUCCCACCUGUCGACUACUGCGGCGGUUGGGUUUGCUUUGUUUGUUCGCUCUCCAUGAUUGGUGGAGUUACAGCUCUCAUAGGUGGCAAGCCGAGCGGAGACGCCAAAACAAGAGCGACUUUUGCAAAGCCUUCGCGAAACAUGGAAACUGCCAGAGCUGGUUUGGAAGAUGACGGACCGCUGGGUGUGGUUUGUCAGUUGGAGGCUAAUUCAACAAAGCAAGUUUUAUUGAGGUGA